AUGUCUCUCUCAGCUGCAGCUAAUAAGAUAUCCGAUAACGAUUUCCAGAAUAUUGGGCCGGCCCCUAUGCCCCCCAAUGCAAAUGGACAAGGCCGUACCGGUUACAACCAAACGCAACCUAUAACCAAGCUCAUGAGCCAACUGGACUUGACUUCAGCGUCCCAUUUGAGUGCGAAUUCCUUGAAGAAGAAGAGCGGAUGGGUGUCUUACAAAGACGACGGUUUACUUUCAUUCAUAUGGCAAAAGAGAUACUUAGUUCUACAUGAUUCAUAUGUCGCGCUUUACAAGAAUGAUAAGCAAAACGAUGAUGCGAUUUUACAGAUACCACUAACAAGCAUUAUAAGCGUAAGCAGGACACAGCUGAAACAGUAUUGUUUCGAGUUGAUACGUUGCAGCGACCGAAACUCUGUUUCAUCAGGAUCCUCGUCCUCUGUGAAUGUAUCGUCUGAGAAUAAUUCGAAAAAGUCCAUCUAUAUCGCUACAAAGACAGAAAAUGAUUUGCAUACUUGGUUAGACGCUAUCUUCGCCAAAUGUCCAUUAUUGAGUGGUGUCUCUUCCCCCACUAACUUCACGCAUAAAGUACAUGUUGGUUUUGAUCCGGAAACUGGGAGUUUCGUUGGCAUGCCCACUAAUUGGGAAAAACUACUGAAGCAUUCUAGGAUUACCGGAGAAGAUUGGAACAACAACUCUGCGGCGGUCAUACAGGUAUUACAAUUCUAUCAAGAGUAUAAUGGAGCUGGCAACCCCACAAAUCCUUUGGAAAAAUCUCAAAGUAGUGAGGCAGCCUCUUCUCAAAAAUCUUUACCAAGCAGUUAUAAUGAAAACAAGCAUUCAGUGAAUUCAAAAGCUUCCUCUGGUGGCUCCUCGGGGUUGACAUCACAGAGACAAGCUUCGCAACCACCAAAUACGAAACCACAUGUAUCUUCAGGAAAUGGUUCACUGCCACCGAUAAACACAAAAGUACUUAAUAAUCAAUCAAAUAUACCCAGACACUUACAAAAUGUCCCUAGCCAACAGUACAAUAAGAUGAGAAAUGCACAUUCCCCAACCAAUGGUCAGUUUCCUAGAGGACCUAUGCAUUCUAACCAUUCACAACGAUCUUUGCAGCAACAACAGCACCAACAGCACCAACAACACCAUCAACAACAACAACAACAACAACAACAAUAUCAGCAGCAGCAACAAUAUCCUUACCACCAACAGGUACCUUCUCCAUCUCCGUCUCCAUCUCCAUCUCCAUUAAAUCCGUAUAGGCCACAUCACAACAUGAUAAAUCCAUACUCCAAGCAAUCCCUAUCACCUUUAGGUGCACAGCCAUCUAACGCAAACCAAAAACAAGGUACACCGAAUUACGCUCAAAAUCCAAGCCCCACUGGUCCACAAUUUCAACCUCAGCGAACUGCACCAAAGCCACCAGUCUCGGCCCCAAGAGCUCCAUACCCACCAAAACAAAGUGCAGUGGCUGCUGGUGCUGCCAUGCAACAUGUUGCAGCUAAGAACGAUCAGCCGGUUCUACAGUCGAUGAGGCAGGCUCCAAAGAGACCAGAUACAGAUGACAAACAAGCGACCGGCGUCACCAAGCCCAAGAAGCCAACAAGGCCAACUAUGUCAACUGCAGAAAUCAUGAGCAAGUUGAAAAGUGUUACCGUCAAUGCAGAUCCAUCCAUCUGUUUUAAAGUGAUUGAGAAGGCUGGUCAAGGUGCAAGUGGUUCCGUUUAUCUGGCUGAGAGAACAUAUAUACCAAUCGAAAGUAACAUGAGCGAACUUAUGAAUAACGAGAUUGAUGAACCCCAAGUUGGAGAUAAAGUUGCCAUCAAACAAAUGAUUCUUUCUAAGCAGCCUCGCAAAGAACUCAUAGUAAACGAAAUUCUAGUCAUGAAGGACUCACGCCAUGAUAAUAUUGUUAACUUCUUAGAAGCAUACUUGAGAACAGACGAUGACUUAUGGGUAGUAAUGGAAUUCAUGGAGGGUGGAUCACUAACAGAUAUUAUUGAAAACAGUCCUGCCAACGAUACUUCACGCUCACCAUUAACAGAGCCUCAAAUUGCAUAUAUUGUACGAGAAACUUGCCAAGGUUUGAAAUUUUUGCACGAUAAGCAUAUCAUCCAUAGAGAUAUUAAAUCUGACAACGUCCUGUUGGAUACGAAAGCAAGAGUAAAGAUUACAGAUUUUGGAUUCUGCGCUAAAUUGACAGAUAAAAGAAGCAAAAGAGCCACUAUGGUUGGUACGCCAUAUUGGAUGGCGCCAGAAGUUGUCAAGCAACGUGAGUACGAUGAAAAAAUUGAUGUAUGGUCUUUGGGGAUUAUGACUAUUGAAAUGUUGGAAGGUGAACCACCAUACUUGAAUGAGGAUCCUUUAAAGGCGCUCUAUUUAAUUGCAACCAAUGGCACUCCAAAACUCAAAUAUCCGGAAACAUUAUCCUUGGAGAUUAAGCGUUUCUUAAGCGUUUGUCUUUGCGUAGACGUUAGAUACAGAGCUUCCACCGAAGAGCUUUUACAUCACGGUUUUUUCAAUCUGGCAUGUGAUCCAAAGGACUUAACAGCAUUGUUGGAAUGGAAGGAGUGA